UGCUGCCUCUCCCUUCUCUCUCUUCCCGUGGGCCGGUCCUUGCCGACCCUGCAGACGCGGCCGGCGAGUUCUGCGCCCACCGCUCCGGAAACCCGUCACCCCUCGAAGGAAGGCCGCCUCCCGGGGGCCGCGCGCGCACCUUCUCGCCGGCGCCCCCCGGGCCCAGGCGCGGGGACACUCCUCGCUCGCUUCUCGGAGCCGCGGCGGCGGCUAGGACAAAAUGUCAAAAAUUAGGAGGAAGGUCACAGUGGAAAAUACCAAAACCAUAUCCGAUAGCACAUCUCGAAGACCCAGUGUGUUUGAAAGGCUUGGACCCAGCACUGGCAGUACAGCAGAGACACAGUGUCGGAAUUGGUUGAAGACUGGCAACUGCCUCUAUGGAAACACAUGCAGAUUCAUACAUGGGCCUUCACCCCGAGGCAAAGGUUAUAGCAGCAAUUAUAGAAGGUCACCAGAAAGACCUACAGGGGAUCUUAGAGAAAGAAUGAAGAACAAGCGGCAGGAUGUGGAUGCUGAGGCUCAGAAGCGAAACACUGACGAGUCGGCCUCGCCUGUUCGGAAAGAGUCUUCGAGAGGGAGGCACAGGGAGAAGGGAGACAUAAAAGUCACCAAGGAGCGAACUCCAGAGAGCGAAGAAGAGAGUGUAGAAUGGGAGACAAACAGAGACGAUUCCGACAACGGAGAUAUUAAUUAUGACUAUGUUCAUGAAUUGUCCUUGGAAAUGAAGCGUCAGAAGAUACAGAGGGAACUAAUGAAGCUUGAACAAGAAAACAUGGAGAAGAGAGAAGAAAUUAUCAUUAAAAAGGAGGUUUCGCCAGACGUGGUUAGAUCUAAAUUGUCUCCAUCACCUUCUCUAAGAAAGGCUAGUAAAUCUCCAAAGCGAAGGUCAAGCCCCAAGUCGUCUUCGAGCAGCAAGAAGGACAGGAAGACAGCUGCAGUGCCCUCUCCCUUACUGGAGCAGCAGAGGACUUCAAAAAGCAACCAAAGCAAAAAGAAAGGACCGCGCACUCCUAGCCCCCCCCCUCCGACACAGGAAGAGGUGGCUUUGGGGAAAAAGUACAGAGAGAAGUAUAAAGUCAAAGACAGGAUAGAAGAAAGACCAAGAGAUGGGAAGGACAGAGGAAGAGAUUUUGAAAGACAAAGAGAGAAGAGGGAAAAACCAAGGUCUACUUCCCCAGCAGGGCAGCACCACUCUCCUAUAUCUUCUAGACACCACUCCUCGUCCUCACAGUCAGGAUCUUCUAUUCAGAGACAUUCUCCUUCUCCUCGUCGAAAACGAACACCGUCACCAUCUUACCAGCGGACAAUAACGCCACCAUUGCAGCGCUCUGCUUCUCCGUAUCCUUCACAUUCUUUGUCUUCUCCUCAGAGAAAGCAAAGCCCUCCAAGACACCGUUCUCCAAUGCGAGAGAAAGGGAGGCACGAUCAUGAUCGAUCUUCACAGUCUCAUGAUCGGCGUCAUGAAAGGAGGGAAGAAACCAGAGGCAAGAGAGAGAGAGAGAAGGACACGCGGGAAGAACGGGAGUAUGAGCAGGAGCAGAACUCUUCUAGGGACCACAGGGAUGAGAGAGACCCUCGUGAUGGCCGGGAUCGGAGGGACACCAGAGAUGGCAGAGACCGAAGGGAACCACUUAGAGACUCCAGAGAUCUGCGGGACUCCAGGGACAUGAGGGACUACAGCAAAGACUAUAGCAAAGACAGCAGGGAGCCGAGAGAGUCUCGCUCCACCCGUGAUGUGCAUGACUACAGGGACCGGGAGAGCCGUGAUGCCCAUCGGAAGGAGGAAGUGUAUCAGGAAGAAUCCCGGAGUUAUGGCAGAAACCAUUUAAGGGAAGAAAGUGCUCGAACUGAAAUAAGGAAUGAUACCAGAAAUGAGUCUCGAGGUGAAAUCAGGAACGAUCGCAUGGGCAGAAGUAGGGGCAGAGGUCCGGAGCUGCCUGAAAAGGGAAGUCGAAGCACCAGAGGCUCUCAACUUGACAGUCACAGUAGUAGUAGCAACUAUCACGACAGCUGGGAAACUCGGAGUAGCUACCCUGAAAGAGACAGGUAUCCUGAAAGAGACAGCAGAGAUCAAGCAAGAGACUCUUCUUUUGAGAGAAGACAUGGAGAGAGAGACCGCCGUGACAACAGAGAAAGAGAUCAAAGACCAAGCUCACCAAUCCGGCAUCAGGGGAGGAAUGACGAGCUUGAGCGCGAUGAAAGAAGAGAGGAACGAAGAGUAGACAGAGUGGAUGAGAGAAGAGACGAGAGGCCCAGAGACAGAGACCGGGAGCGAGAGCGGGAGCGGGAGCGGGAGCGGGAGCGGGAAAGGGAGCGAGAGCGAGAGAAAGAAAGAGAGCUAGAGAGAGAGCGGGCCAGGGAAAGGGAGCGAGAGCGAGAAAAAGAGAGAGACCGGGAAAGAGAGCGCGAAAGAGACGAGAGGCCCAGAGACAGAGACCGGGAGCGAGAGCGGGAGCGGGAGCGGGAGCGGGAGCGGGAAAGGGAGCGAGAGCGAGAGAAAGAAAGAGAGCUAGAGAGAGAGCGGGCCAGGGAAAGGGAGCGAGAGCGAGAAAAAGAGAGAGACCGGGAAAGAGAGCAAGAACGGGAGCGGGAGCGGGAGCAGCGAGAGCGAGCCAGGGAGCGGGACAAGGAGCGAGAGCAGCGGCAGCAGCGGGAGUGGGAAGACAAGGACAGGGCGCGCGAGGACCGCCGCGAGAAGCAGCGAGACGACGCCCGAGAAGACAGGAACCCCAGAGAGGGCCACGAGGAGAGGAGAGCAAAGAAGCGCUACAGAAACGAAGGGAGCCCUGGCCCUCGUCAGUCACCGAAGCGCCGACGCGAGCAUUCUCCUGACAGCGAUGGCUACAACAGUGGAGAUGAGAAGAAUGAGAAACACAGACUCUUGAGCCAAGUUGUACGGCCUCAGGAUCCUCGUUCUCUCAGCCCCUCACACCUCCUAGAAGACAGGCAGGGGAGAUGGAAAGAGGAGGACCGGAAGCUAGAAAGGAAAGAGAGCUCGCGGCGCUAUGAGGAGCCGGAGGUCAAAGAGAAGUUUUCUUCUGUAGAUAAGCAGAGGGAGCUGGCAGAAAUCAUGGAAAGUUCAAGAACACGUGCCCAAGACCUUCUUGGACACCACCAGUCUGAUGAUCGAGAUAUAGCUGAUCGAAGUCAUGAGGAGAACAAGAGAAGGGUGAAAAUUCAAAAGAAGCCCAUUAAGAAAAAGAAAGAGGAGGAUGUUGGGGUAGAGAGGGCGCAUGCAGAGACAACAUCUGAAGAUAGCCAAGUAUUUUCACCCAAAAAGGGGCAGAAGAAGAAAAGCGUUGACAAAAAACGUAAGCGGUCCAGAGGUGACUCUGACAUUUCUGAUGAAGAAGCCGCUCAGCAGAGUAAGAAGAAGAAAGGCCCGCGGACCCCCCCUGUUCGAGCUAAGGGGGACGUGGUCGGGGUGCCCCGGAGCAAGGAGGGCGCUGUCGAGGAGCCUCAGAAGAAAGAAGACACGGCCUUCAGUGACUGGUCUGAUGAGGACGUGCCCGACCGCGCAGAGGCCACGGAGCCAGAGCACACGGCCGGCACUGCCAUGCCCGUUCUCUCGUCCACUCCCCUGUCUUCGCUCCUCCCUCCUCCUCCUCCUCUGGCUACGCCAGCGACCACCCCUUCCAUCACACCCACCGCCUCCAUUUCCACUGCUGCCACCAGUGAAGACACUCAUCGAAAGUGUCACCGAGCGCGAGUGGAGAAGAUCGAGUCACCGCAUGUUUCUGUAGACGACGCACCACACCGCAGACCGGCGGAUCAGAAGAGGAGCAGCAGCCUCGGGAGCAACCGGAGUAAUCGCAGCCACACGUCUGGCCGCCCCCGCUCCCCGUCCACCGACUCUGCCCAUCGAGGGGCGGACGACCAGAGGGGGCGGGCGAGAGCGCUGCAUAGUAGUUCCAGAGACAGGGAGAAACCCAAGAGCCUGGAGGUGACGGGCGGCGAGAGGAAGUCCAGGGUUGAUCAGUUGAAGCGGGGGGAGCCCAGUCGAAGUGCUUCUUCAGAUCGCCAGGAUUCAAGAAGCCAUAGUUCAAGAAGAAGUUCUCCUGAGUCCGAUCGACAAGUCCAUUCCAGGUCCGGGUCAUUCGAUAGUAGAGAUAGGCUGCAAGAACGUGAUCGGUAUGAACAUGACCGAGACCGGGAGAGAGAGAGGAGAGAUACAAGGCAGAGAGAAUGGGACCGAGAUGCCGACAAGGAUUGGGCACGGAACAGGGACCGAGACAGAUUGCGAGAACGAGAGAGAGAGCGAGACAAAAGGAGAGAGUUGGAUAGAGAGAGAGAGAGGCUGAUUCCAGAUCCUGUUGAAAGAGAAAGGGACCGAGACCGAGCCUUUGAGACUUCUUCCCAGUCGGACUCUGUCAAGCGCAGUGAGACAAAAGUGGAAGGUGAACACGAGAGAGACCUGGAAGGCACUGCCCGCGAUCCGCUAGGUCUCAAUAAAGAGAGAGCAGAUAAAGACCUGGCGUCUGCCCAAGCGUUUGAAGAUAGCAGUAAAGCAGAGCGAGCAGAGAGUGUGGAAGCAGGAGAUGAGGAGUCCAAGUUAGAUGAUGCCCACUCCUUAGGAUCUGGUGCUGGGGAAGGAUACGAGCCCAUCAGUGAUGAUGAGCUGGAUGAAAUUCUGGCGGGGGAUGCCGAGAAGAGGGAGGAUCAACAGGACGAGGAGAAGACGCCAGAUCCGCUGGAUGUGAUAGAUGUGGAUUGGUCUGGCCUUAUGCCAAAGCACCCAAAGGAACCCCGAGAGCCAGGCGCUGCUCUGUUAAAGUUCACGCCUGGAGCGGUCCUGCUCAGAGUUGGGAUCUCACAAAAGUUAGCAGGGCCUGAACUUUUGACCAAAGUCAAAGACACAUGCCAGAGACUUUUAGAAAAGCCCAAAGAUGCAGACAGUCUUUUUGAACAUGAUCUGGGGGCUCUCAACAUGGCGGCCUUGCUGCGGAAAGAAGAAAGAGCCAGUCUUCUUAGCAAUCUUGGACCAUGUUGUAAAGCCUUAUGCUUCAGACGGGAUUCUGCAAUUCGUAAGCAACUUGUCAAAAAUGAGAAGGGUACUGUGAAGCAAGCUUACACAAGUGCCCCCUUGGUGGACAGCGAGCUACUGCGAUUGAGCCUACGACUAUUUAAGCGAAAGACCACAUGCCGGGGCCCAGGAUUUGAGAAACCUGAUGACCACAAACUUUCACAGUCUGCCGUCCAGCAGGAAGUGUGUGUGUCUUAAGACUGGAGCCCAGCACGAGGUGUAGGGGACUCUUCCUUCCUCGGUGUGUAGCUUCUGCGUCAGAGUUCUUUGGUGUGAACCAGUGACAACGUUAGUGACAAAGGCAGAAGAAUUGAUCAGCCACGCUGAGUCGAGACACUGACUUGAGAUUUUAUUUGCUACAAGUACUUGUAACACAAAAUGAUGUGAGCGCAUCUAGAUGCAGGGCUAGUUCUGCACUAUUGUUGCAACGGGUGGGGUUGGACAAGGUUGGUCGGUGUCUUUCCAGCCCCCAGCCACUUCAUGAAACAGAGACACCUAUCGAUGCUCCGGCCACCACAGUGCUAGGGUGUUACUCCUGCAGCGCGUUCCUUGCAGCAGCUGCCGAGCUGGGCCACAAGUGCUGCAUUGUAGAGAUCUCUGAGCCACACGUGACAGUAUAUAUAGAUAGCCGUGAGGAGGGAGCCAAACGCCUUUUUCCCCCUUUUGAAGGGUUAGGGUCUUUUUUGUAAUUACCUAAUGGGUCAGGAUUUUUUUCCCCCCAAAUAAAGGGGUAUCGUUACAGUGUAUAUUGGAUUUAUUUGGAUUAUAAUCCCUCGUCGUUAGAGAUUGUCAACUUUUUUUAUUCUUAAUAAAACGUACCUUCCCUUUCA